AUGAAGAUAAUAUUCGAACAUGAAGAUCGAAAAACAACAGUUAUCGGAACCGAUUAUAAUUCAAUUGUUCACAAAAUAAGAUCACUUUUUCCCAAUGAAAAUCAUAGAUCAAUUCAAUUUUAUGAUACUGAACUUACUGAUUACUUCGAGUUUAAUUCAUUUGAACAGAUCAGUGAUCUAUCGAAUGGAAUUAAAAUGCAUUUUGAUAUGUCAAAUACAUCAAAUUUAUUUAUUGACGAUCAUUCUUUACCAUCAUCGUUAAAUAAUGGUAAAAAUGAUGAAAAAAAUAAUCAUGUUACACCAAAAGCUCAUUCAAGAAGAAUACGAAAAAAAAACAAACUGAACUUGAUAAAUGAUGAACCAAUUAGUCUUUUUCUUCGAUUCAAAAAGCUUUUUUUGGAGCAAACAUGUACUCAUUUUCUUCGACAAUAUUCCGAUUCACCAUCAAAAUCUCUCCACUAUUCAUUCGUCUUAGCACUUACUGAAAAAUUUCCAGUAUUAAAUUAUUUAGAUAAAAAUAUUGACGGAAAAAAUGGUAGAGCACCACACCACACGAUCUCUCAACUGAUUUCUCGAAAGAAAAGGUCCAUAAAAUAUUCCAAAACUCAUCCAACACCGAAACGAUCAAGAUUAUCCACAAUCAAUUCAAAUGCUAAUGAGAAAACAAAUGAAGAAUUGGUUUCUGAACAAGCACAACAAAAAGAUGAUGAAUUUGUUGCAACAGUUCAAGCUGAUGACAACAAUUUAUUGAAUCAAACUUCACUGAAUGAUUUAUAUAAACUAUUAUAUGAAUCCAGUAUAACUAAACCACCACCAGCAUCACCUGACUUAAGUAUACAAUCACAAUCUGUUGUGACCGUUCAUAAAGCAAUAUUACCUCGAGAUGCUGUGAAGAAACAAAAACAAAAUGAAACACAUAAUUCUACUCUUCCAACAACAACCAUUAAUGAAGCAACAAAUAAUGUUUUAAGACAAAGCUCUAUGGACAAUACAGAACAAUUGAAGAAUUCAACAAAUGAUGAAAUCUGGUAUCCAAAAUUAUCACGAUCUGAACAAAAUGCAUAUGAGAAAGAUAUUAGUCGCCUUCGAUCAAUUGUUAAACCGAAGGGCACAUCAGUAAAUCAUGUCUCAGUUGGAGAGAUUCAUGUUUUUAUUCGCAACAGUCAUCAUAUUAGACGUCGAAUGUUAUUCCAAAACAAAGAUACCGAUUUUACAACGAAGGUAUUACAAUAUCAAGAAAUUUUUCACGAAGAAACACUUGUUUUUGAAUAUUCGUUAUUGAAGAAUAAAUUAUGUUCAUUUGAAGAACUUCAAGAUGAAGCACGUGAAAUACUUAAUGAUAUUAUUCAAAAAUAUUCAGUUCAAAAACAACAUCAGAUGAGCGAAGUUGAUUUUAUGGCAAUAAAAAGUUUAUGUGAAGAUCUUCGCGAACAAAAUAUUUUCUUUAAGUAUGGUUUACCUGAUCCUCAUCCAACAAUUGGAACUUUGAUAAUGCCAUCAUCAACUAAAGAAUUUGAGAAAGCUUUUAUGUUCAUAAGAAAUCUGCCCUAUAAAAUGCCGGUGUCUAUUGGAAGUGGUGGUCUUCAUCAGAUAAUAAAUUUUAAUUGUCGGUAUAUUCUUGGUAGUGGUAUAUUUGAAGAAGACAAUUUUCAACACCAUUUCAAAGGAUCAUGA